AUGUUAUAUCCGGUUGAACGGUUCAGUCAACUAUGGUGCGUCGAUAAACAAAUUACAGCACGGCUAUUGUAUAAUGCUUAUGCGGAGUAUUACAUGCAGAAAAGGAUGAGGCGGAGAACACUCACUCCGCCACCAUGGUUGCCAAAGAAGGAACAAAAGAUUAUUGAACCAAUAGAACCCAGCACGCGGCUUUUGCUUCAGCAGUUGAUUAGAUUAGAGAAGAAAGUAGAUGCACCAGUCAUUCGAGCAAACCCGUAUAUGUCUUUGAAAACUCCAUUAUGUGAAAUGCCUGAAGAAACGAAUCCAUCAGAAUGGACGCCAGAAUCGAAUCGUGUCGGAAUGUUGGCGCGAAAAAUUGGAAUGCUUCCUCAGUGGGGCGUGGAUGGAACUCGCUUUUUGUGCACAAUGCUAGAGUUUCCUAAGAAUCUUGUCAUCUCAGCGAUUGAUCCAGAAACUUAUUAUCGAAUAAGCAUGGUGGGAAGACGAAAAGCAUAUGGCCGCUAUGGUCCUCGAUGGCGAAUUACGGUUGGAGCUGUAGAUGCUGAUCCGACAAAAUUUACGGCACAAUAUCGUGCUGCUUUUGAACGGCAUGGUUGUUUUCCUGUAAAGAAACACAUGGCAUCCUUUUUGGUCACCGAAGAUGCAGUGGUGAAGCCAGGGACAGAGUUACAUGUGUGUCAUUUCAAAGUUGGCCAAUACAUAACUGUUACGGGACAUACAAUUGAUUGGGGUUUCCAGGGUGGAAUGCAUAGAUGGGGCUUCAAAGGUAUGCCUGCUAGAGGGACUACAAAAUCUCAUCGUCGUAUUGGUGCUACAGGUUCAAAAGGUGAUGCUCGGGUAAGGCCUGGAAAGCGGAUGCCAGGUCAUAUGGGUUACGAAUGGCGAUCUAUCCCAGGCCUUGAAGUGCUGAGGAUUAAUCCCGAAAAGCAGGUGAUGUAUGUUAAUGGAUCGGUACCGGGUGAAACAGGAGAAAUAUUACUGAUCAAGGAUUGUUAUCACGAUAAAAAGAAGAUACAGUAUCCGCAUUUCCCUACCUUUUCUUAUGAGAAAGAUUUUGAAGCUGAAACGAAAUGUAAUGACGAUGAUAAUUCGCCGUUCGUUUAUGAAAAUGGUGAAUUUUUUGCCCGACGACUAUUUAGGAUGACGAUGCCUUCAAUAGUUUUCACAGAACCUGAAAAAUUCAAAGCAACGAAAAGAGAUAAAACAAAGGCAAAAACAGCCAAAGUGAAAAAGUAA